ACCCAACCAACUGCGCCAUCAUUCCUCACCAGCUCCAUCGCAAGGGACAUCACUACUACUCUACUACUACCAAGUAGCCACCACUGGAACGAGCUAGCGCACCAACCGACGACAACGAACGCGCCGAGGAGCGAGCAUGUCGAUGUCGGUGUCCAUGUCCGGUAAGGCGAGCGACCCGGGUUCCGCGUGGUUCGGCGGCGGCAGCAGGAGCCCGCAGCCGGGGCCGACACACAACGUGCGGCUCAUCGCCAUGGCCGUCGCCGCCUUCGUGUCCGUGCUCGGCCUCUCCCUGCUCCUGCACCUCUACAUCUGCCGCGUCCGCAGCCGGAACCGCAGGCAGGCCGAGGCGGCCGCGGCCGCGGCCGCGCUGGAGGCCGGCUCGGCGGCCACCAAGCCGGCCAAGGUCGGGCUGGACCCGUCUGCCAUCGCGGCGCUGCCGACCGCGGCGUACCAGGAGACGGGCGAGCCGGGCAGCGGCGCCAGCGAGUGCACCAUCUGCCUCGGCGCCAUGCAGGAGGGCGAGGCGGUGCGCGUGCUGCCGGCCUGCGCCCACGUGUUCCACGUCCCCUGCGUCGACACGUGGCUGGCGUCCAGCUCGUCGUGCCCGGUCUGCCGCGCCCUGGUGGAGCCGCCGCCGCCGUCGCCGGCCGCGCCAGCGUGGGUGCAGGAGAAGCAGGGCCUGGAGAAGCAGGAGUGUGCUGCAAGUGGGAGCUCGGCGCCGCCGUGUGGGCUCGGCGCGUCGCUGAUGAGGAUGCUGAGCAGGGAGAGGCCGCUGGCGCGGAGGCCGGCGCACGGCGACCACGCGCACCCGAUGGAAAUGCAUGUCGAGGACCUGGAAAGCCAGGUGCCCCAGCAGCAACACUCGGUGGAUACCAAUUAUUAGUGUACUCUACUUUUCUUUUUCGUUUUUCUUCUUCUUUGGGGUUCUCGUCAUUCGCUGCUCGAUUGCCCAUCUUGCGUCUGGGUGGCCGAUUCAGAGGUGUGAAAAUACAGUGCACCCCUGAAGUGUCCUAUGUUUUUAUUAGGCACCGGUGCUUGUCGAUGUGCUUGGAGCUCACCCAUGUCUCUCGUAUUUGUGCAAACAAGGGAUAAUGGAUAUAUGGAGCUCUAUUUUCUCUGG